CUUGGGUCUCUGUAUGAAGCCAAUAUCCAAAUGGUUGGGAAAAUAAAAAUUAGUUUCUUCUUUUCUAUUUCUUAGUACAUUAAAAAAAAUAAAAAAUUAAUCUCUUAUUCGACCAUAUAUUUUAAGAAAUUAAAAUUUGAUUAGACAUAAAAUAUUAGUUUAUCAAUUAAUUAUGUAUUUUUCCUCCAUAAAAUAAGAAGCAAAAAGAAAAUUAUAUUUUACUUGAUGUUAUGGAAAGUAUUAGAAUAUUCAGAAAAGGAAAUACAACGAAAAUUGUUGGCAAUUUUUUUAUUGAACCCAUUGGUUGAAUAGUUGACCUAGACUUUAAAAGGUCGUGGUACAAAGUCCAAAGUCAGGACAAGAGUAAAAAAAUCAUAGAUAUCACCACUUGUUGAAUGGAUGAGAAAAUUUUGCCCAAUUGUUAUAGUGUUAUGAAGAAACGAACACAAUUUUGCUAAAACAAAGCACCAUGAGACAACAACAACAAAAAUCCACUAUUGUUCUCCUUGGUUUCUUCAUCUCUCUGUUUAUCACUGAAUUAGUUGAUGCUAGAAACCUCUAUCACCAAAUUUGCACUUCUUCUUGUGGAGAUAUCAAAAACAUCAGCUACCCUUUUCGCCUAAACACCGAUCCAACAAGCUGCGGAGACAAAGACUACGAACUUUCUUGCCAAAACAACAAAACCAUCUUGGAAUUCCAUUCACAGAAGUACAUAGUCAAGCAAAUCUCCUAUGGUGAUCAAACAAUCCGCCUGGUGGAUGUGAACUUCGAAAACGGAACCUGCAACCUUCCUUCCGGAUCCGAACCAUAUCCGGAGAAUGUAUACGAGACGAUCACCGGCGAUUAUAGAUAUCAGGGAGGACCUGUCAUCGGCCAGCACUCCUACAUCAGCUUCUUCAACUGCUCUGCAAACAUUACACACCCUGCUUAUGCCAGAGUACCCUGUUUCAACAUUCGCGAUUCGUCUUAUUUUAUAUAUGCUGUUUUCCAAGGCUACUUACGGCCGGAAAUGGAGACGUGCUUGCUGAUUUCCAUGUCUCCUGCUGAUUUUUCUGCUGAUAUCAGAUUCCCUCCUUAUGAAACCAUCCGUCAACUGUUGCGGUCGGGUUUCGCGCUGAGUUGGUCGCUUUUUUGCCGUGAUUGCAUUCGUUCUGGUGCUUUAUGUUCAACAAGUUCGUGGGAUAAUCCUUUGGCCUAUCAGUGUGAAGAAAUCUAUUCAGUGGCUAAAUACACAAUAUACUGGGAUAUCUCACUUCUUGGCUCAUUUCUACUAGAGCUGAGUUUUUGUGGGAGGUACAUGUUUGCUCCAUUGGUGAUAUAUGUAUUCCUUAUCCACAAAUUUUGUACAAGAAAGAAGACAGUUGAAGAAGAUUCUUGUAAGUCGAUGAACGACAAGGCUGUGGAGAUGGUGGAAGGGGACGUCAAUGAUGUAAAAAUGCGUCCACCACUUAUGUUCAUUGAAGAGAUUGAAGACGUCCAAUCGGAUUCCUCAACAGAGUGGCUUAUAACUGAGUCAAUGGAAAAAAGCUAGCAUAAAAUGUUUAGUUUGUUGGUUAUCGUUAUUAUUUUUUUUUGGGCCUUUUAUGAUGUGAACGUUUUACAAUUAAAAAAAAAAAUAAUACGGUUGAAGUAAAUGUAAUCUCUAUGUAUUAGUUCUAAUCCCUUCAAUUAAUCAAAGAAAGAACAGGGAUAUCAAUUUAAGCAUUUGAAAGCUGUAA